AUGGAUGUGAAAAAUAGAGGAUUUUCAUUGAUAGCAUUUUCACUCUUUCUAUUACUUUCUUCUAUUUUUCCUCAUCAUUUCUCAGCAGCCAAUAAGAAUAAUUCAAUCCCCCCAACUUCUAUACAUUCCCUCAUUUCUUCUCUUGUUUACACAAUUAAGGGAAAUGUAUAUCCAGAUGGGUUAUACACCGUGUCCAUCAACAUUGGCAAUCCUCCCAAACCUUACGAGCUUGACAUCGACACCGGCAGUGAUUUAACUUGGGUUCAAUGCGAUGGACCCGAUGCACCGUGUAAAGGUUGCACCAUGCCCAAAGAUAAACUUUAUAAACCUAAUGGCAAACAAGUUGUAAAAUGUUCGGAUCCAAUUUGUGUUGCAACCCAAUCAACACAUGUACUAGGUCAAAUAUGUUCUAAGCAAAGUCCACCAUGUGUUUACAACGUUCAAUAUGCAGACCAUGCAUCAACUCUUGGUGUAUUAGUCCGAGACUAUAUGCAUAUAGGAAGCCCUAGUAGCUCUACAAAGGAUCCUUUGGUGGCAUUCGGUUGGCAUGCUAGGUGUGGAUAUGAGCAGAAGUUUUCUGGUCCUACUCCCCCACAUUCCAAACCAGCUGGGAUCCUUGGCCUUGGCAACGGAAAGACAAGUAUUUUGUCUCAACUUACCUCUAUUGGCUUUAUCCACAAUGUGUUAGGUCACUGCCUUAGUGCAGAAGGAGGAGGAUAUUUAUUCCUUGGAGAUAAGUUCGUUCCCUCAUCUGGAAUUGUUUGGACACCUAUAAUUCAAAGUUCAUUAGAAAAACACUAUAACACAGGUCCAGUAGAUUUGUUUUUCAAUGGAAAGCCUACUCCUGCUAAGGGUCUUCAAAUUAUCUUUGAUAGUGGGAGCUCCUACACUUACUUCAGUUCCCCAGUCUAUACCAUUGUUGCUAAUAUGGUGAAUAAUGAUUUAAAAGGGAAGCCACUUAGUAGAGUUAAGGAUCCAUCACUACCAAUUUGUUGGAAGGGUGUCAAACCAUUCAAAUCUCUGAAUGAAGUCAACAACUAUUUCAAGCCCUUGACUCUGAGCUUUACAAAAUCAAAGAAUUUGCAAUUUCAACUGCCUCCUGUAGCUUAUCUAAUAAUUACAAAAUAUGGCAAUGUCUGCUUAGGGAUUCUUAAUGGCAAUGAAGCUGGCUUGGGAAAUCGUAAUGUAGUUGGAGACAUCUCUUUGCAAGACAAGGUAGUGGUUUAUGACAAUGAGAAACAACAGAUUGGAUGGGCAUCUGCAAAUUGUAAACAAAUUCCUCGGUCAUAG